AUCUUAAAGGAAUAACUGACAAAAACUCUUGAACAAGAGGGCAGCUCAAUUGUUUACCUUUUUGGCUGUUAAAAGGCUUUUCACUAAACCGAUGCAAUGCCUUAAAGAUUCUCCACUUUAUUAAAGCGUGGCUGGUGAGGAAGAACAGACGGGGAGAGCAUUUUUGACGUAUUGUGUUUCUUUUUGAAGCAACUCAGAAAACAUGAACAUCCUACCUAAGAAAAGCUGGCACGUUCGCAACAAAGAUAAUGUUGCGCGAGUCCGAAGAGACGAAGCGCAGGCCGCCGAAGAAGAGCGCGACCGCCAGAGGAGGGUGGAGCGCGCAGAGCAGGAGGCCCGAACUGAAUUCCUUCGCAGAAAGGCACGCACUUUGCAUUCUUCUCCAGAGAGUAAGAAGGAAGAAGGCGGCAGUCUUCAACAACAGGAGAAAUCGAAGCAUUUGGACUUGUUUGGAGUGAAUGACAGUCGGAGAGGAGAGAAGAGAGGAAAUGAGGAGUAUGAAAAAGAAAAGCAACAGGAAAAGGAACGACGAGAGCGUGCCAUUGGCCUGCUGGUUUCCCUUGGCCCUUCUCCUGGGACAGAUACUAAUCCAUGGUACCUGCAGAGUCCCACUGAACAUGGGUGCCCGGAGACAGAGUCUGGGAAAAAUGACAGGAAGAAACAGAAGGUUACUGAAGAUCAGCAAAGCAGAAAAGAAAAGAAGGACGCUAAGUUAAAGGCUUAUUUGGACCCUCUGCAUGAAAUGGAAAGCAUGCUGAAGAAGAAAAGGUCAGAGAAACAGGAGAAUAAACGAGAGAAGAAGGGGGAAAAGAGACGAGAAGACAAAGUUAGCGGAGCAGCAAGCAAUUCUUUGGAACGUAUGAGACAGGAGCGGCUGCAGAGGGAGGCAUCAGAAAGAGCUCGGGCCCAGAGUCUACUUACCAAGAGAACCGAAACAAAGCAGCAGGAGGAGGAGAAGGAAGUCGAUGAGCGAAGCAGGCCUUACAGUAGCCAGUACCAUCCUCACCUGGCCAGACAACGGCCUGCACCUCCAUAAGGCCUAUCUGGGACAUUACGCUUACAAGCAACCAAACUCUUCUACUAACAUUUCUGGGUUAUUCUACCUGUUAAGCGAGUAUCAGAAUACACAAUUAUCUCAGGUAUCGUUAUUCAGAUUGGGAUGUGCUGAAAUAACUGUCAAGUAUCACUUAAAAUGAGCUUUGUAUAAGAAUACAUUUCUUAUUUAAAUAAAAUGACGGAUACAGAGAAGAAGAAUCAGUUUAACGGACAUUGUGGUGUUAUUUUCACGUUUAAAUAACACUUUGGCUUUCAAUUGGGACAUUGCACAUUCAACGUUAGGAUUUUUAAACCAGUGAAGUAAAGCCACUUGUGUCUAAUUCAAGCUGAGGAGCUGCCAGCCACAUCUCCACAAUGGAAAUCCUACGAGGCCGCAGAUGAAAUCCGCCAUGAAAUGAAUGAACACUAGAAAAGCCGAAGAGUCGAUAUCAUCAGAAACAGUCAACAGCAGUUUGUGAAAAUUAACUUCUCUUUAAUUAUGAUACAGCCAGUUUGUUGUUUUCAUUUAUUUACUUAAAUUAGCCCUCCCACCAGAAUGAGGGCUAUAUUUUUUUCCAAAAUAGAAUAAAAAAAAUAAAAUAAAAAAAA